AGGUGUCACCGGCAGGGGGCGGUAAACGCCACCUGACACUUUAACCAGCCACGAAGAAGACACAUCACUCACAACGUGUAGCAGCAGUGAAGCAACAUGGCUUUGAAUGGAGAUGAAGAAGACUUUGAGUGGGAGCCUCCAACAGAAGCUGAGAUGAAGGUGAUCCAGGCUCGCAGGGAGAGACAGGACAAGAUCAGCAAGCUGAUGGGAGAUUACCUCCUGAAAGGGUACAAGAUGCUGGGGGACUGCUGCGAGGCGUGCGGGCCAACCAGCAGUCAGGCGGGCGUGUCUGUUCCUCAGCCCAGACCGGAGCACUGCGAGGGGGCCGCCGCCGGAGGAAGGGCCCUGUUGCCUCCACCUGUUGUCGCGUCUCCUCCUCCUCCUGCCUCCACCACCACYCUGGCUCCCAUCCGUCCCCCGGUUUGUCCGCAGAGCUCCACCCUGCAACCCGCUUUGGAAGAAGCAGAAGAAGCGGUUCUGACUAAACUCCGCUGGGCCACCACCCAGUUACAGAGCUCGGCCUCGCUGGAGGCCAGCAUCCAGCUGUGCAGCCUAAUCGGCAGCUGUGCCAACUCGCUGCGAAGCCUCAGGGAGCUCAGCCAGUAAGCACACAGGACAGACGAAAAGCGUAAAGUGAUAGGAGCGCUGGUUCUACUUUGCUUCAGAAUAUUGACUGUUACCUUGCUUCUCUCUCUCUGUCUGAAUACUUGCUUACAGCUGAAUCUGAAGUCGUUCCUAAACACACUUGAWUUAGGAUUCAGAUGUUUUAAAGUGCACGACUUACUCCUGAAAUUAUGCAGGCAUGCACCUAACAUAAAAAAUGACAUACUGAUGUAAUGGCUUUUGUCAAAUUGUAACUUAAAAUUUCAAACAUUUACUUGUUCAUAUUAGUUUAAAUGUAUCCUAUUGAGAUUAUUAAACCAGGCAGAUUCUACAUAGAAAAUGAAAUCUUGUGAUCUUGUAYCCUCUAGUUUCUCUACAGCCAUCUGCAAAAUGUUGCUGUGCUGCAAAUCAGAUUAGUUAAAUUAACACAUUUAUCCUGCCUUCACACCCCUGAAUGUGAUGUUGCAUACAUCUGACCUUUUAGAGAUCAGUUGCAGUUCAAARGUUGUUUGGCUUGACUUAAAAAUUCUCUUUUUGACCCCCUUGAGAUGCAAACGUGAUUUGUGAGGCUUUUGGUAGAAAGAAAAACUGUCAAGUAAAGCCGACAGUCAUGUGGAUGUUUUUGCAUGGAUGCUUGUCUGAGUUUUAUUUUCAGUUUAUUAUAGCAAGUAGAAUAAAUAAAUCUUUGCAAUUGUACAUCAUAUGACAGCACUUCAUUUUAAAGAUCCCAUCCUUAAUGAUGUGUCCAAAGUAGCUAGUUUUUUAAUAAUGGACCAGAAUAAAUCCUGUUCUGAAGUUG